AUGAUAGUUUUGGAGGCAGAAGAUAUUGGCAUCACAUCUGCAAAAAAGUUCAGUUCGAUUAACGAUAUCCAAUUCGAUCCGCGUGCAUAUCUCGAGUCCUUCUACAAGGAACCUUCUGAAGAUACUGCAAUGCAAAUAGUGUUAUUCUUCCUACCAGGCAUCCUCUACAGACUACCUCGCAAUAUAAGGACGGUUUUAGACCUUGGAGCAGGACCAACUGUCUACCUCCCAAUAGCCUUACGAAACCAAGCUCAGGAAUUGUACACAUCGGAUUAUGCUCCAGCUAAUAGAGAAUUUCUGAAAAAAUGGAUAGAUGACGAGUAA